CUCUUACAAUGACUGCUGCCUCUGCUGGUGCUCAAUCAGUCAGCUAACUGUUUUCAGGUUUCAAGGAAUACUAGAAACUGGAGCAUGUUUAAAAGAGGAGUUAGGAUGUUUCCUUUUUUUCCAACAGUGCUGCUGGUCACGUUACUGUCUAGAAUAUCAUCUCAAGGCUCUUACGAAGAACGGAACACUUACAGGAAAUCCAGGGCUAAACCUGUGGCUGCAAAUAUUCAUGAUGGUCAAGCUAUCUUGGAUGAGGACUGCAGCUUGGAGCUCUCCUUUCUGUUGGACAGUUCUGAAAAUGCAAAAGACCAUCAUGAGCAAGAAAAGCGGUUUGCGAUGUACGUGAUUGACAAACUCCAAGGAGCAGGGCUYCCCACCGGUCGCAGGUUGAGCUCAAGGGUUGCUCUGCUGCAGUACAGCAGUCAUGUUAUCAAAGAGCAAACCUUCAGAGACUGGAAAGGGGCAGAGAACUUCAAGAACCGGAUCACCCCAAUAGCAUAUAUUGGACAUGGCACCUACACCACCUACGCCAUCACCAACAUUACCCAGAUCUACCGGGAGGAAUCUAGACCGGGAAGCAUCAAAGUAGUAGUUUUGCUCACAGAUGGCGUUCAUCACCCAAGAAACCCGGACAUUUUCUCUGCUGUUGCCGAUGCCAAGAACCAGGACAUCAAGUUCUUCAUUCUGGGCAUCACCCGGGCAGCCAAUGAGCCAGCCAAUGUGGCCAAGCUCCGCCUGCUCGCCAACUCCCCUUCGUCCCGCUUUCUCCACAAUCUACAGGAUGACAACAUAGUGGAAAAAAUCUUCARUGAAGUGACCACAUUAGCAGAUGAAGGAUGUCCUCUGGCUCAAAAAUGUGCAUGCGAGAAAGGAGAAAGGGGACCCAGUGGACCCGCAGGUAAAAAAGGUCGUCCAGGUGAUGAUGGCGCUGUGGGGCAGAAAGGUCAAAAGGGUGAAGCAGGAUUAAGUGGAAUACCUGGGCGAGACGGCACUGAGGGGAAACCAGGUUACAAAGGAGAGAAGGGUGAGAGGGGUGAGUGUGGCACUCCGGGAAUCAAAGGAGACAGGGGCCCACAGGGUUCAAGUGGAGUGAUCGGACCAAGAGGUCUGCAGGGGUUACCAGGACCACAAGGAGACAUCGGACCGGAGGGCCCUCAGGGGAAGCAGGGUGAACGGGGGCCACUUGGCCCUCCAGGGAUUCAAGGAGAAGCAGGUAUUGGACUCCCUGGACCAAAAGGUGACAUGGGAUUCCAGGGCCGACUAGGUCCUCCCGGUCCUCCAGGAGUGGGGGAACCAGGCCCUCCUGGACCCCAAGGGCAACAAGGAGUUCAAGGGGAGAAAGGACCCCAAGGAGAAGGGCUUCCUGGACCAAAGGGGGAUCGAGGAUUUACUGGACCGAGAGGGUCGAGGGGACAGCAGGGUGUUGGCAUCAAGGGGGAAAAGGGUGAACUGGGACCCCCAGGUCAUGCCGGGCCAACUGGCCCAGUAGGGGUGGGCAUCCAGGGAGAAAAGGGAGUCGAAGGACCAAGAGGUCCACCAGGAGUCAGAGGACUUCCAGGAGAAGGUUUACCUGGACCUAAGGGAGACCAAGGCUUACCAGGAGAGCAGGGAGCUCCAGGAGAACGAGGCAUCGGUGAACCCGGUCCAAAAGGAGAACCUGGAGCAACAGGACUUGGUGGUCUACCUGGUCUUCCAGGAGAAGAUGGAGUAUCAGGACAAAAGGGGGAGCCAGGUUUACCAGGUGUAAGGGGUCCUGAGGGGCCACAAGGAAUUGGCAUUCAAGGAGAAAAGGGCGACCAGGGUCUGAGGGGCAUCCGUGGGCUACAUGGGCCUCCUGGGAUCGCAGGACCUUCUGGAUCAAAAGGUGAGCGUGGAAUUCCAGGCCCACAGGGCAUCCCAGGGCAGCCAGGACGGUCCAUAUCAGGUCCAAAGGGUGAAGUGGGUCCUGCUGGACCRCCUGGUCAUAUUGGAGAAACAGGCCUUGGACUACCUGGUCCCAAGGGUGAUCGUGGUCAUCCAGGUUCACCAGGUCCACUUGGUCCAAAAGGUGAAGGCAUCCAAGGCCCUGAGGGUCCUCAAGGCUUACCAGGAUUGCCAGGUGAGCCCGGCCCAGAAGGAGUGGGAAUUCCUGGUCCUAAGGGAGACAUUGGUUUUAGAGGACUACCAGGUCUGCCCGGUCCACCUGGCGAGGGCUUACAGGGACCACCAGGUAAUAUUGGCAGACCAGGACCUUCUGGUCCAGCUGGGCCUGCAGGAGAAGGUAUUCAAGGUCCAAAGGGUGAGCCAGGCCCUCAAGGUAUGACUGGACCCAGAGGGCCUCAGGGAGAGGGCUUUCCUGGAGCCAAGGGAGACCGUGGGUUACAGGGAGAAAGAGGAAUGAAAGGAACAAAAGGAGAUAUGGGAGAUUCUGGAGUUCCUGGAGAAAUGGGAAGACCAGGGACAAAAGGAGAACCAGGCCUCACUAAAGAAGAUGUUAUCAAAUUGAUAAAAGAAAUAUGUGGUUGUGGCAUCAAGUGUAAAGAAAGACCCAUGGAGCUUGUCUUUGUUAUUGACAGUUCAGAAAGCGUCGGUCCAGAGAACUUUGAGAUCAUCAAAGACUUUGUCACAAGGUUGGUAGACAGAACCACCGUCGGACGCAACACCACCAGAAUUGGGAUGGUUCUGUACAGUCUGGAUGUCAAUUUAGAGUUCAACUUGGCUCGCUAUAUGAGCAAYGAGGAGGUCAAACAAGCGAUCAGGAAAAUGCUUUACAUGGGUGAGGGCACUUACACUGGGACUGCUAUAAGAAAGGCGACUCAGGAGGCCUUCUUCAGCGCCCGGCCCGGAGUUAGAAAGGUAGCGAUCGUCAUCACUGAUGGUCAGGCAGACAAACGAGAACCUGUCAAGCUCGACAUGGCGGUGCGGGAGGCUCAUGCUGCCAACAUUGAGAUGUACGCUCUGGGAAUUGUUAAUUCCUCCGAUCCUACGCAGGCUGAGUUUCUGCGAGAACUCAACCUGAUUGCUUCUGACCCGGACAGUGAACACAUGUACCUUAUCGAUGACUUCAAUACAUUGCCAGCGCUGGAGUCUAAACUUGUCAGCCAGUUCUGUGAAGAUGAAAACGGAGCUCUCAUUUACAAUCACAUCCCAAAUGGACCCUGGAGCAGUAACAAUGGGCUUGGUUUUAAUAGAAUCAAUGGUAAUGGGCACAAUGGCUAUGACAGUAAGAGUUAUAAUUUCGGAAACAAUGGCUAUGGGAACAAUCACCAAGAGGAGGCUGAAAAUCAAAGACAAACCAAAAGCAGGAGCCGAGGCGACACGUUCAUGCUGCCGAUCAGAGCCAAUCCUCUUCCAACUCAGGUGGUGGAAGAUGAAGAUGGUGAAGAUUUAGACWUAAGAGCACACGUACGGACUGAUAGCAGUGUGUCUACAGUCAAUAAAUCAGUGCUGUCAUCAUCUGUUAAAGACAACUCGGUCUCCAAUGAGACAUCGUCUGAAUCAUCAUCAUCAUCGUUGCCAUCUACAUCUACAACACUUGUGUCAGCCCUGGGCUCCAAUUCAUCUUUAAACUUUAAUCGGUUGCAGCCUGUUGUGAAGCCUGACUUGCCUAAAGAGGUCCGUCCUCCAAAUCCCCGCUGCGAUCUCAUCAUAGACCAAGGCACAUGUCGAGACUACGUCAUUCGCUGGUACUACGACAAACAAGCCAACGCCUGUGCUCAGUUUUGGUARGGAGGCUGUGAGGGAAAUGACAACCGUUAUGAAACUGAAGAGGAGUGCAGGGAGGCUUGUGUCAUUACCAGAACAGCAGCAUAAGAAGAUGAGACAAACAGCAGACAAAUCUACAAUUUUCUUAUUUGUAGUUUACUGAUGAUGUAUUAUUUCUUGUGUUCAGCCAUUUUCUUGCACUGAACGGUUGUCCACAGACACAUUUUUUUAUAGUUUCGUUAAAAAUUUGAAUACAUGUUCUAUUGUUGCUUUAUGAUUUACCUCAGAAUUCAGUUAAUAUUGAUAAUGCUUCAUAAAUUAGAAWAUAUGUAUUUUUUGAGGACUUUCAUUUGCUCUGAAACCUUGGAAAACAUGCAUGAUUUAACUUAUGGAUUCAACAUCUCUCUGAGCCAUGUGCUUUACAAUCAGGAAACAGAAAUGUGAUGAUAUAUUGAUAUGAUUUUCUUAUUUGUGUUUUUUGUUUUGUUUUAAUUUUAUUAUAUUUGUUUGUUUGUUUUGUUUUUGUAUUUUCAUCUAUUUUUUUAUUUGUUUCCAUUGCAAUGUGUUGAUAUGAUCACUGGCAGCUGUAAGUUUUGGAUGCUGCUUUCCAGAAUUGUAAAGUAACUAAAUACAAAUACUUUGUUAGUGUACUUAAGUAGAAA